AUGGAUAAAUUCAAAUUACCUCUACUAGGACAGAAACACCCUGUCUCUCAACCACCAGACAUGUCCAAUGUCGUAGACUUCCAUCCUCGUCAACUAUUCGUAGUCAAUUGUCCCAACAAUUCGUACGCCCUAACAAACGUCGUCGCAGUUUCCCCCCAUGAUUUCCCCAAUAAUAUCUAUAUAAUCAUCGACAACGCUUAUGUCUUCACCACAAAGAUUUCAAACGAAUUGCAACCAGGAUCCAUUGGUUUCAACGGAAAUCAAAGAACCUGGGGUGGUUGGUCUUUGAAUCAACAUGUCAACGUCCAACCAUUCGACUUGACCCGUUAUAACCAUGGAAAUCCUUCUUACUUGGGCAACAUCGAUUUGGAAAUCAACUUCAGAUCAAAGGGUAAAGCCGUCCCCACCAUGUUUGAUCAAGAUGAAUUGGCUACUCAUUUCUUGAAAAAUUUCGACACUCAAAUCUUCUCUCCAACUCAAUAUAUCAUUUUCGAAUUUAAAAACCAUAUCUUUGAUUUAAAAGUACGUUCCAUCCAAUCCAUAGAUUUCUCGGAUAUAGAACCCGUAACUCCAAUCUCAACAAACCUCUCCGCAAAGGGCAUUCUCACCAAAAAAACACAGAUUAAUUUCUUCAAAGGUAAAGAUGGUCUUGUCAACUUGAAAUCGUCCAAUUCUCUAAGACCAAGAUCAGACGCUGUCAUCAGACCCGAUUUCAAAUUCGAAGAUCUCGGUGUUGGUGGGUUAGAUGCAGAAUUCACCAAAAUCUUUAGAAGAGCUUUUGCUUCAAGAAUCUUCCCGCCAGCAAUCAUUGAAAAAUUGGGGAUAUCUCAUGUUAAAGGUCUUUUACUUUAUGGUCCACCGGGCACUGGUAAGACUUUAAUUGCUCGUAAAAUCGGUACCAUGUUAAAUGCCAAAGAACCCAAGAUUGUCAAUGGUCCCGAAAUCUUGAGUAAAUAUGUUGGUUCAUCUGAAGAGAAUAUUAGAAACUUGUUUAAAGAUGCUGAAGCAGAGUAUAAACAAAAGGGUGAGGAAUCUUCCCUUCAUAUCAUUAUUUUCGAUGAAUUAGAUUCGGUUUUCAAAUCAAGAGGUUCAAGAGGUGAUGGUACUGGUGUAGGUGAUAAUGUCGUAAAUCAAUUAUUGGCCAAGAUGGAUGGUGUCGAUCAAUUGAAUAAUAUCUUGGUCAUCGGUAUGACCAACCGUAAAGAUUUGAUCGAUUCCGCCUUGUUAAGACCAGGGAGAUUCGAAGUACAAGUCGAAAUCCAUUUACCAGAUGAAAAGGGAAGGGUACAAAUCUUGGAAAUCCAAACCAAAAAAAUGAGACAAAAUAAUAUGAUCGAUAAAGAUGUCAAUUUAAAAGAAUUGGCUUCUUUGACCAAGAAUUUCUCAGGUGCGGAAAUCGAAGGUCUUGUCAAAAGUGCAAGUUCCUUUGCCAUCAACAAGACAGUAAAUAUAGGUAAAGCUUCUACCAAAUUGAAUCCAAAGGAUAUUGCAAACUUAAAAGUCACCAGAUCCGAUUUCCUCAACGCUUUACAAGAAGUUACUCCAGCCUUUGGGAUUAGUGAAGAAGAUUUGAAAUCCUGUGUAGAAGGUGGAAUCAUUAGAUAUUCAGAAAAAAUAGAUUCUAUUUUGAAAAAUGGUGAUCGUUAUGUUCGUCAAGUUAAAGAAAGUGAAAAAUCAAGAUUGGUUUCUUUAUUAAUUCAUGGUCCUUCAGGUUCAGGUAAGACUGCUCUUUCUGCUGCAAUCGCUUUAAAUUCUCAAUUCCCAUUCAUUAGAUUGAUUUCUCCAAAUGAUAUUUCAGGUAUGUCUGAAGCUGCAAAGAUCACAUUCAUCGAUAAUACUUUUAGAGACGCUUAUAAAUCCCCUUUGAAUAUCCUAGUCAUAGAUUCCAUUGAGACUUUAGUCGAUUGGGUCCCCAUUGGUCCUCGUUUUUCAAAUAAUAUCUUGCAAGUUUUAAAAGUCGCUUUAAAGAGGAAACCUCCACAAGAUCGUCGUCUUUUAAUAAUGACCACCACUACAAACCGUACGGUUUUACAACAAAUGGAUAUUCUAAGUUGUUUUGAUAAUGAAAUCGCAGUACCAAAUAUUACUACCAUUGAUGAAUUCAAUAAUAUUAUGAUAGACACAAAAUUCUUGGAUGAUCAAAAUAGAGUUAAAGUUUUGAAUGAAAUGUCCAAAAUCAUUCCUCAUUUCAAUAUCGGUAUUAAAAAAGUUUUAACAAAUAUUGAAACUGCUAAACAUGAUGAUGAUCCAACAAAUGAAAUUAUUGAAUUAAUGGCUCAAAGUUUAUAA